UUAACAUUUACAGCCCUUAAGCAGAGCGAUAAGUCUUGCAACGUGCUGCGACCAAGGUGCGAUCAGUUGAUUUCUCUGCUUUGUUGCAGCAAUGCGAUUCCUGCAAGUACUGGUAAUGGUCGUAUUAUGGGCGGCAGUGAAGAGAGCAUAUAUAAUGUCCCCUGGCAGGUGUCCAUACAAGUCAGUGCACGUCAUGUCUGCGGUGGCGCCAUCUACAGCAAGGAUAUUAUCAUCACAGCAGCCCACUGCGUUCAGGACAAAUCUGUGACAUUAAUGCAGGUGCGAGUGGGUGCCAAUUACCACAACUCCGGAGGCCGUUUGAUUCCUGUGGGUGCCUACAUGAUUCAUGAGCAGUACAACAAACAGUUUAAGUACUACGACAUUGCUCUUAUACGUCUGGCCACUCAACUCACCUACAGCUUGUCUGUAAAAGCAAUUGGUCUGGCCACCGUAAGUCCCACAGCUGGAGCUAGUGUCUCGGUCAGCGGUUGGGGCUACCUACAGCCGAACGGCGCCGAUGGCUUUGCCAGCAGUCUGCAAGUGGUGCAACUUAAUGUUAUAGAGCGAAAUGAGUGCGCCUCGGCUAAAUACGGUUACGGAUGGGACUUUGUAGGUGACGAAAUGAUUUGUGCAGCAGCUCCGAAUAAAGACGCCUGCACUGGGGACUCUGGUGGUCCGAUGGUUUCCGAGAAAUUGCUGGCGGGCAUUAUCGCAUGGGGCUAUGGCUGUGGUCAGCUCAAUUAUCCAGGCGUAUAUGUUGAUGUGGCAGUUCUUCGACCUUGGAUAAUUAAGGCUGCAAAUUCGAUUUGAUAUAUGUAUUUUUAAUCAAGAUGGUUCAAAAUUAUUGUAAAAUAAAGUCCAAUUUGUG